AUGGCCGAAGGCGAACGAGACUUGGAGAAGGGCGUUUCUAUCGAGCUUUCGCACGAGGAAGCUAGACCCUUCUUGCUUGGGACUGAAGAUGACGAUGCGGCUACACGAGCGGUCGAUAAGGAGCCUCUAGUGUCGAAGACAGGCCUCAGCAGAAGAUUCUGGUUCUGCGCGAUUGUCAAUACGGUAUCGACAGUCAGCAUAGUCUUCGUCAACAAGCGCAUCUUCGAAGACGCAAAGCUCCGGCACGCACAAGUCACUUUUGCAGCCUUCCAUUUCGCAAUCACGUAUGCGCUGCUAUUGGCGCUAUCAAUGCCACAGCUUGGGCUCUUCGAGACGAAAAGUGUCGACAAAUGGACAAUCCUCCCACUCGCGCUCGCCAUGAUCUUCAACGUCGUUCUGCCGAACGCAUCUCUGGCCUAUUCGAGCAUACAAUUCUAUCAGAUCGCCAGGGUCCUGAUCACGCCCUGCAUUGUCAUGCUUAAUUACGUCCUCUACCGACUCACGAUCUCGCGACAGGCGGCAAUGACGUUGGCACCGAUAUGUAUUGGCGUUGCUGUUGUGUCGUACUUUGACACGAGACCUUCAGCAGACUCGAGAUCCACCUCCCUUCUCGGCGUGUUCUUUGCGCUCAGUGGGGUGUUGGUUAGCAGCAUCUACAGCAUCUGGAUCGGACGGUAUCACAAUUUUUUGGAAGUCUCAAGCUGGCAGUUGCUCAUGAACCAGGCACCGGUCUGCGUGCUGGUUAUGCUUUACAUCAUCCCCUUCUCGGACGAUGUCACGGUCUUGCGUUCUAUGGCAAUUUCACUUCCAUCGUGGAUGCUGAUCAUCCUGAGUGGCGUCUUCGCAUGUCUGAUCAACCUCACGCACUACUUCAUCGUCAACGAGGCCGGAGCUGUCAGUGCCAGUGUUGUUGGACAUUGCAAGACGUGCAUUAUCAUUGUUGUUGGAUGGGUUGUGAGCCGCAAGCCUGUCAGGGACGGUAGUAUGCUUGGUAUUGUACUUGCAAUUGGGGGUGCGAUAGCGUAUACGUACGUCAAGGAACGGCCUGUGAGGAAGAUGGCGAAAGAACUUCCGAGAUAA